AUGAACAUUACGGGAUCUUCAGAUUUUGUAUGGGCAAUUGAACUACAUCGUUUAGGCUUGAAACUAAUAGGUUUGUGGCCUUCAACCGAUGAAGUUUCUAAGAAAAAAUUUGGAUCUAACAUUCGCGUGGGUUUCAUUUUCAUUACCGUAAUAUUCGUCUCUGGUAUACCGCUUGUAUGCGCGCUUAUACGAGUUUGGGGCGACAUGGUACUUAUGAUAGAUAAUUUACGAAUUACGUUACCUCUUAUAGUGGUUUCAUUUAAAUUUAUUAUUAUGCGAUGGAAACGAAAAGUUCUUUUAUCCAUUGUGAAUAUGAUGGCGGAAGAUUGGAUGUCAUUAAAAUUAAACACAGAGAGAGAUGUAAUGAUAAAACGAGCACGAUCAGCUCGAUUACUCAUAAUUUUUGGAUAUGUUUUAAUGACAUUUGCCUUUAUCAUGUUAAUUAUUUUUCCUUGCUUUGAUAUACAAAUAAGACACAUAACAAAUCUUACCGAUCGGAAAAAACCGUUACCACUGCAGACGUAUUAUUACUACAAUACAGAUAAAAGUCCGCAAUUUGAGUUGACAUUUCUUGUUCAAGCCGUGACGAUUUCUCUAGCAGGUAUAAUUUAUACAUCAGUAGAUGCUUUUCUUGGGCUCGUGAUCUUUCACAUCUGUGGCCAAUUAGAAAACUUCAGACGCCGUUUACCCAAUUUGAUUUUGUGCAAAAAUUUUAAUCGAGCUCUGAAUAACAGCGUAGUGUAUCAUUUAAGACUCAUCAGAUUUGCUAGUAACAUUGAAAAAAUGUUCUCAUUAAUGAUGCUUGGAUUGUUAAUUUAUUUUGGUAUCGUAUUUUGUCUAUGUGGAUUUUUACUUCUUAGUGUAGUUACUGAUCAAAAGAUAAAUAAUGUGAAUAUCGCACAAGCAAUUUAUAUGGCAAUUGCUGCUGUUAUCUUAUUGACGCAUACAUUUCUGUAUUGUGGUGCCGGGGAGCUUGUAAUAGGGCAACUUUUAAAAACAUCUGCUGGCUACAUAUCGUUCCUACUGGCAAAAGGAAGUUGA